GAAGCAUAGAACUCAAAACUGACGGCACUCAGCCACAUUCCAAAUUACCAUAAAACCACCUGUGAUCACUGAGAAGUGAGGGCUGCAAGUACCAGGUUGUGGUAACACACCCUGACAAAGAGAGACAUGGCAUUGACUAGGGUUUGGUCAACAAGAGCUGCUUUGUCUUUGAGGGUGCCUGUUCCCUGUGGAGGCUUUUCUUCUGCUGUGGAUGGUUUGAAGUUUGCAAAGUCCCAUGAGUGGGCUAAGGUUGAAGAUGAAGGGAAGUUGGCUAGUGUGGGAAUCACAGAACAUGCUCAGGAACAUUUGGGUGAUGUUAUAUAUGUGGAGCUGCCUGAUGUUGGUGUUGCUGUUGCACAAGGCACCAUUGUUGGGAGUGUUGAGAGUGUCAAGGCCUCCUCAGACAUUAACUCUCCUGUCUCUGGCAGCAUAGUUGAAGUGAACAAAGAGCUUUUUAGCUCUCCAGGUUUGGUCAAUGGGAGCCCGUAUGAAAAAGGAUGGAUCAUGAAGGUGGAGAUGAGCAGUAGGGAUGAGCUCAAUAAUCUGAUGGAUCCUGAUGAGUACUCUGAGUAUGUGAAGAAGAAGAUCCCAAACAUUACAAAACAUAAAGACACUUAGGAAAGGGUUUUGUGUACAAGGAUGCUGUCUUUUUUUUAUCCUCUUCUUAUUGAUCAGGGAAAACAUUGGUUGGAACCUUUCUGCGUAUCAAACCUGAAAGUACUCUGAAGUUGCAUCUUGAUCAUCAAAUAGGAUUACUUGUUUUACCUUCA